AUGAAAUCAUUAAUCAAAACGGAGAUUGUUACAGCCAUUGAUCAAGUCAAAAUUGAAUUUACCGAGAUUACAGACUUUCUACAUCAAGGGCAAAAAGAACUCAAGUCAAAUAUUGAAUCUGCUGAAAUAAAAGUUCAGGCACUAGAAAAAAUUAAUGCCGAUCUAACACACAAAAUGAGUGUACUGCAUCGUCGUUUGGAAUCCAUGGAAAAAAUUUCCCGCAGUCACAACGUGGAGAUUCAAGCAGACCCCGAAAAACGGAAUGAGAAUAUUUUGACGCCUGUGAAAAAUAUUUACUCUAGAGUAAAACUACCAACGACAGACGCUGAAAUUAGUAUGUGUCGAACGGGUGCUAAAUUGCCGACCACAUCAGCUCAACGCCCGCGUAAUAUUUUGCUUUCGCUGCUUUCCAUUCGGUAUCGUGAUAAUCUUCUCUCAGCGGCCAAACGUUAUAAUAAGGCUAACCCUGGCAACACAUUAAGCUCUGUACAUUUAGGAAUUCAAGGGGACAGAUACCCAAUUUACGUUUCCGAACAUCUCUCUUCAGAAACCAAGGAGCUUUUUGCUUUGACACGGGCUAAUGCUCGUGGAAAAUAUAAAUACGUGUGGGUCAAAUUCGGCAAUCUAUAUCUGAGAAAAGAUGAUAAUUCUUCAGCAGUACAUAUUAAAAACAAAGAUUGCUUGGCUAAAAUUAGUUAA